GGCUGGCCGCGUUUGUAAUCAAGUGAACGCAGUGCCCAGUGCCCAGCGCCCAGUGCUGAUAGCAGUCGCUGGGUCUGGAUUUGGAUUUGGUUGCGACCUCGCUGACAAUAUUGUUUUUAUCGUCUGUGUGUUGCGUGCCAAUCAAGAAACGAACUGAGUCGAUUUGCUACCUUAAAUUCUCUGCCGCUGCUGCGCUGCGUCGUGCGUCGUGACAUCGAAUUAUAAUAAUUAGCAUAGAGGGAGAUAUAGCCAAUUAAGCGGUAGUCGGCAUUCCAGCAAGUGGAAAUUUUGAAUGAAACUUUGAAAAUAAACCAAAAAAAUAUAAACAAAACGCGCUCAGUUGAAGGAAAAUUUCAAGCAAACAUGUCGCCGGCAUCGGCUGCACCUGCCAUCAAUCAGAGCGCGGCCACAAUUACCCAAUUGCUUGGCGCGCAGCGCGAUCCUUUGGCAAUUGUUAUACCCGUCACGGUGGUUUAUUGCCUCAUCUUUCUGACCGGCGUUGUGGGCAACAUUAGCACCUGUAUUGUGAUCAAGAAGAAUCGCUCCAUGCACACGGCCACCAAUUACUAUCUGUUCUCGCUGGCCAUAUCGGAUUUUAUGCUACUGCUGUCGGGCGUGCCGCAGGAAAUGUACUUCAUCUGGUCCAAGUAUCCGUAUGUAUUCGGCGAGUACUUUUGCAUAGGUCGUGGCCUGUUGGCCGAGACAUCCGCCAAUGCUACCGUGUUGACCAUCACGGCGUUUACGGUGGAACGCUAUAUGGCCAUUUGCCAUCCGUUUCUUGGGCAGGCCAUGAGCAAGCUGAGCCGCGCCAUCCGAAUCAUAGUGCUCAUCUGGCUGCUGGCGGUGCUCACGGCCAUACCGCAGGCGGCACAGUUCGGCAUCAAUAGCUACGCGGGCGUCGAUAAGUGCGUCGUGGUGCGCGUGAUAGUGCAACACUCGUUCCAGCUGUCCACCUUCAUCUUCUUUUUUGCGCCCAUGUCCAUCAUACUGGUGCUGUACCUGUGCAUUGGCCUGCACCUGUAUCGUUCGAGUGUCAUUGGCGGCGGCGGCGGAUCACCAGCAGCUCCUAUGGCCGAGAGCAGCGCGCGGCGCCAGCAGCCGCUGAAGGCGGUAGCAAGUGACACAAUACUCUAUCGCUACGCGGGCUCCAGCUCGGUUUUGGCCAACAAUGCUGGGCCACAGCUGAGUUCAGUGCGUGGACGCCUCACUCAUUAUGGCACGCGUCGUGUGCUGCGGAUGCUUGUUGCCGUUGUCAUCUGCUUCUUUCUGUGCUGGGCACCAUUUCACGCACAGCGUCUGAUUGCCAUUUAUGCGCCAGCCCGGGGCGCCCAGUUGCAUGAUCAGCAUGAGCUCCUCUACACGGUGAUGACAUAUGUCUCGGGCGUGCUCUACUAUCUGUCCACCUGCAUUAAUCCGCUGCUCUACAACCUGAUGAGCAACAAGUUUCGCGAGGCCUUCAAAGCCGUGCUGCUGGGCAAGAAGUACUCAAAGGGCAUGCAGAAUUCGCGCCAUCAGCUGGAGUCGCGCCGCUUGCGUCGCACCACAACACUUAAUUCAUCGACGCAGCGCGAUUCCAUUGAGUCGAAGCAGACACUAAUGCAGACUGCUCUGAACGAACGCCUACUGCAGUCAAAGUCUCAACUAGUUCUGUAAUAUGCAAUGCACAAUUCAACUGUUUAAAGUAACUUUGUAGUUUAUUUUUAGCGAUAUUU